UGUUUAUAAAAUCGAAGAGCCCCGCCGCCACCGCCGCCACCAACGCCCUCCCUCUUUUCCGUUCUGCAUAUUUCCCGCUCUUCCAAUCUUUCUCUCUUCGAUCAAAUUUUCAUUCUCAUCCAAAUCCCAUCUGUUUCAUCACAAAUUAUGAUUUCGACCUUUGAUUGCUGCAGCAACUCCGCCCUCAAUCUCCCUCACGGCCCUUCAUUCCUACCCAGCAAUCCCUUUCAUGUCCGCGAAUUUCGUGUAUUUCGACGUCGGAGACUCAAGAAUCAGCACCACCGCGCCUUCACCAUCCGAAGCCAGUUGAACCCAUUCGAAACCCUUUUCCAUAACUUGGUUUCCCAAGUUACUUCCAUCAAUUCCUUAGAACUAAUCGCUCCAGCUCUCGGCUUCUCUUCUGGCGUUGCUAUUUACCUGUCCAAUGUGGUGUCUGCAAAGAAUUCCUUGGUCUCGGAUAUGGGCGAAUGGAUUUUGUUAUCCAGCCCCACGCCGUUCAACAGAUUCGUGUUCCUUCGCUGCCCCUCUAUUACUUUCCCCGGAAGCGACCUUGUGGAGGAUGUGAGUGAGAAACUGGUGAAGGAGGAGAGGCAUUUUGUGAGGCUUCACAGUGGGAGAAUUAAGGCCACUACUGGCGGUGAUUCUUUGGAGCACAAAUUGACGUACCAAAGAUUGUGUAUAAGCACCGAAGACGGCGGGGUAAUUUCAUUGGACUGGCCGUCUAAUUUGAACUUGAGGGAAGAGCACGGUUUGGACACCACGUUGUUGUUAGUUCCGGGAACGCCAGAAGGGAGCAUGGAUAGGAAUGUACGGUUGUCUGUGAUUGAGGCUCUCAGGCGAGGCCUUUUUCCGAUAGUCAUGAAUCCUAGGGGCUGUGCUGGUUCACCUCUUACCACCGCACGGUUGUUUUCAGCUGCUGACAGCGAUGAUAUCUACACAGCUGUACAGUUCAUUAGUAAUGCAAGGCCUUGGACAGCGUUGAUGGCCAUUGGCUGGGGGUAUGGUGCAAACAUGUUGACCAAGUACCUGGCAGAAGUCGGUGAGAGAACACCACUUACUGCUGCAACAUGCAUUGACAAUCCCUUCGACUUAGAGGAGGCCACCCACACCCCUCCAUAUCACAUGGCUAUUGAUCAAGACCUCACUGGUGGACUGAUUAAUAUUCUGAGAUCUAAUAAGGAACUAUUUCAAGGCAAAACAAAAGGCUUCGAUGUGGAAAAGGCUCUCAAAGCUAAAUCUGUACGGGAUUUUGAAAAAUUAAUAUCUAGUGUAUCUCAUGGUUUUAAUUCUAUAGAAGAUUUCUACUCAAAAUCAAGCACAAGGAGUGUGGUUGGGAAUGUGAAAAUCCCUGUUCUUUAUAUCCAGAAUGACAAUGGAUCAGCUCCAAUAUUCUCAAUUCCACGCAAUUUAAUAGCAGAAAAUCCAUUUACAAGUCUUCUGUUGUGUUCUUAUUCGCCGCCUAGUGUUAUCUCUAGCAUGCAACCUGUUCUAUCUUGGUGCCAGAAGUUAUCAGUUGAGUGGCUUACAGCUGUAGAGCUGGGACUCUUGAAAGGUCGUCACCCUCUUCUCAAGGAUGUAGAUAUUGCCAUCAACUCUUCAAGAGGCUUAGCUGUCGUGGAAGGCAGAACAGCUGAAGAAAGAGGAAAAGUCAUCAGGCAACUAGAUUACAACUGGUCAAAUGCUUCAAGUGGAUAUUACUCAACAAGCUUCAGCAAGAAGAACCUUGAAGAGAGUCACAGUAGUAGCCGUACUCACCUAAGAUCUCAAAAUUACUCGCAGAGCAAAUCACAACUUGAGGAUAAGGGAUCUCUAGAAAUUGAAGUUGGGGUUUUGCACCAAACUAGCUCUGUUAGUGCAGAUAUGGGGAAAGAGGACGAAGUCAGUUCAGAACAUACUGAAAAAGGUCAAGUGUUACGGACAGCUGAAGUGGUUAUGAAUAUGCUUGAGAUAACUAACCCUGGCACUCUGACAGAGGAAGAGAAGAAAAAGGUCUUGAAUGCAGUGGAUAAAGGAGAAACAUUGAUUAAAGCUCUGCAAGAUGCUGUACCGGAAGAAGUCCGUGGAAAGCUUACGACUGCUGUAUCUGGAAUAUUGCAUGCUCAAGGAUCAAACUUAAAGUUCAAGGAUUUAGUUGGUACUUCUCAUAAAUCCAAUAGCACAUUAGAUCUAAAAGAAAAGACAGAAAAGAAGGUCCGACAUGUGCCGGAUGCUGAAGGUUCCUCACAUAUUGCUUCCCCUUUGCAUCAGACGGGAUAUAUUAAUGAUGUUUCAGAUGUCUCUGAUAGCUAUCAACCUACCAAGGACAAGUUUACUGGGGAACUAGAAUCUAAGCCUUCUUCCUCUGAUAAACACGAAAAUUCUAUUGAUCAAGAUGGUUCUCAAGCAGUUGGUAUGAAUGAUGAUGAUACUACCGGUUCUAUCAGGAAGGAGACCAGUGACUCUAGUAAUCCUGAUCCUAGUGAUGACUUUUCUAGGGAAAAUACUGCCCAGUAUCUUGAUAAUAGUGAGAAAGAACUAGAUAUAGGUGUGAAGCCUAAAUUUCCGAGCAAGGCUGAACAGAUAAGUAGCCAUGUUGUAGCAAUUGGUGAUAAUUACGAAGACCGGGGUGGUGGAAUUGCCCAAUUAGAUGACAAGGAAGAGAAUAUACCCAAGAAAAAUGAAGAGAAAGCUCUAGAUCCUUCAAAUGAUAAUAAGGUGGUGUCAUCUUUGAAAAGGGAGGAAGCACCUUCAUCUCCAGGGUCUACUUCAGAGGCACCAGUAGAACCGGAAUAUAAUCCGAAAGAUGAUAAAAAUAUGCAACCUGUUGUAGAACAUACUAAACCUGUCAUUUCCGAAUCAAAUGUCAACAACUUUAGUGUUUCUCAGGCUUUGGAUGCCUUCGCAGGGAUUGAUGAUUCCACCCAGGUUGCAGUCAAUAGUGUAUUUAAUGUAAUUGAGAAUAUGAUUUCACAGUUGGAGGGUUCAGAAAAUGAAGGUGAGGACAAUAAGACCGAGUCCUUAUUGGACAAUCAUUGCUCACAUGAUGAUAUGCCACCAGAGAAGAAAGAACGUGGUAACAUGGACUCAUCUGUAAAGCCUAAAAGGCCAAGUGGUCCUGGUAUUAAUAAUAUCUUGGAGAGGAAAGGAGACUCCGAGAAUGAUGUAACAAGUGGACAGGAAGAGGAGGAAUUCACUCAAGAGCCGGUCUCGAUUAAUGGGAACUAUUUGAUUAGAUCUCAGUCAGCUGCCCAAGCAGGCGAGGAUGGAAAUGGAAAGGAUAAACUCCUUCAUGAUUUGGAGGGUAAUGCGGAGAUAAAUAACAUACCACUAUAUAUGACUUCAAAUUUGCAUUUGGAUUCUGUUCACAAUAAUUUUUUCUUGAAAUACGUUGCCCCGAACAUGCCUACUAGAUCACUUGAUAUGGAUACAACUACAGAUUUGUUGCUCGAUUAUAUUCCAGAAGAAGGUCAGUGGAAAUUCAUUGAACAACCGGAAAAUGAAAAUGCUAUUUCAACACGUGAAGGAGUGGAUGGACAAGUCCACUCGAAUUCACAUGCAAAAUUGAAGAAUACUGAUGAUGCUAUUGAGCCACUGUAUAUAAUCUUAGAUGGUGAAAAUCAGCCAAAGCCAGUUGGGGAAUAUCAAACAACGGUUAAUGGAAACGAAGAAAUUGAAGGUAAUGACGGAUCAAAAGAUUUGGAAUAUUUUGUUAGAACUAUUAUAUUGGAAAGCUUGCAGGUUGAAGUUGGUCGGAGGUUGAGUGCAGCUAACAAGGACUUACAAUUGGGUGUUAACAGAGACAUUGAACAUGUUGCAAAUGUGUUGUCAGUGGCUGUUGUAUAUGACAGUGGCCGUAGGCAAUGGAUAGGAUGUAAAAACGACGGCAUCGCUUCCACUGCAGAUAAAAUGGGUACUCUUUGUAGCGAGCAGCUUAUUACAUCAAUUUCAUCUGCUGUUCAGGAAACUGUCUAUUUGAAAAAAAUUCUGCCUUUAGGUGUUAUCGUUGGCUCUAGCUUGGCAGCAUUAAGAAAAUCUUUUCAUGUGACUACACUGCACGACGAUAACCAGGGAGAAUGCUUGGCUGUUGAUCAAGCCAAGAAAUCUGGGGAAAGAAAUCAUGUUGAAGUUAAUAAUGGGGGAGAGCCCACUCCAAAUGUUACACUGACCAAUACAGUUUGUGGGGUAGGAGCGGAAACGAGAAAUUUAAAUAAAGGUACUGUUAUGGUAGAAGCUGUUACAGCUGCUCUUGGGGCAUCUGCUUUACUGGUACAUCAGCAGCAGCAGAAUUCAUGCGAAGCUGAUAGAACUACUGAAAGUUCAUUUAAGUCCAAGGAUAUAACUAGUCUUCAGAAAGAGCCAGAAAGGCUGGAGCCUGAAAAAAAUCAUAACAUUGUCACUGCUCUUGCUGAGAAGGCAAUGUCAGUUGUGCCAACGAAGGAAGAUGGUGAAGUGGAUCAAGAAAGGGUAGUCGCUAUGUUAGCUGAUUUAGGUCAGAAGGGUGGCAUACUGAAGCUAGUGGGCAGAAUUGCUUUACUCUGGGGUGGUCUACGCAGCGCAAUGAGUUUGACUGACAGACUUAUCUCGUUUCUUCGGAUUGCAGAACGCCCUUUGUUUCAGAGGAUUCUUGGGUCUGUCGUCAUGGUGCUUGUUUUAUGGUCACCAAUUACUAUUCCACUGCUUCCAACACUUGUUAAUAGCUGGACCACUAAAACUCCUUCAAAAAAUGCUAAUCUUGCUUGUCUUUCUGGUCUUUAUACUGCUGUUACCAUACUUGUUAUGCUGUGGGGCAAACGAAUACGAGGGUACGAAAAUCCAGCAAAAGAAUAUGGGCUCAAUUUCACAUCUCGGUCUAAGAUUCUUAAUUUUAUAAUGGCCUUCUUUGGAGGAGUUGCGGUUCUCUUGGGAAUACAAUUUGUAAAUAGAUUUCUUGGUUACACAACUCUCUCAUGGCCACCUAUUCCAUCGUUGGUAAACCUGGUUUCAUGGUUGAAGCUGUUUGGGAAAAGCCUGUUGCUGGUUGUUCUUGGAAUUGUACCAUCAAUAAUUGUUGCAGCAGUGGAAGAGUUGAUGUUCAGAUCAUGGUUAACUGAAGAAAUUGCUUCCGAUCUCGGAUACUACCCCGGAAUUAUCAUUUCAGGGCUUGCUUUUGCAAUAUCCCAAAGGUCGGUGCAAUCGAUACCAGUUCUAUGGGUGUUAUCUUUGGGUUUAGCGGGUGCUCGGCAAAGGAGCAAAGGUUGCCUGUCCAUUCCUAUCGGGUUACGUGCAGGUAUAAUGGCAUCUAGUUUCAUUUUGCAAAAGGGUGGAUUCAUAAGCUACAAGCCCUCCAUCCCCAUGCAUCGUCCUGUUUGGAUUAUGGGCAUUGACACACUCCAACCAUUGAGUGGGGCGGCUGGUUUUGCAUUUUCUUUGUUGCUGGCAUUCAUCUUUUUCCCUAGAAACAACCCCAUGGACAGGAAGAAUUUGAAAAGGCCAAUUCGGGAGUAGAAGAUCCAUUGUAAUUCUUGACCGAAACCGUGGCCUGAUCGAGGGAGCGAGUGACGUUGGGUGUUCUGGGAGUGUACUUAAGGAAAAAGUACCCCAUGAAACUCUGCAGAGGAAUGGGGAUAUGCCUUUACAGAGGUGUUGUUUCUGGGAGUGUCUCAAUUGCUAUGCUGUCUAUAUGUUUAAAAGUGCUGCAGUUAGAUAUAUUUGUAUCUCAACAGCUGCCUGCACUUGAUAUUGUUUUGUAAAGCAUUCGCUGUAUUUAUUCUCACAUACACACGUACAUUUAUAUAAUAAAAGAA